AAAUUAGUAAGGCUUACUCAGUCAAUGAGUGUGCGUGUUUUUUUCGUUCUGUCAUAUUAUAUAAACAUGACAUAAUCAGGAUGUUGUUUUGGUUUGCGAUUUUGUAGUGUAUCGAUAAGAUUUUUCAACAUCCAAGAGAUAAAUCAACGAUAUGCUGCAACGUAGCAAACUGAACGCAGGUAUUUUAGGUAAAGUCGCCACCUACACUAGAAUACAGCGGUGCAUUAGUCUGUACAGAAUUCUAAAUCGAUCGCACUACGAUGUGCUUGGUAUCACUCCCAAUGCAACACAGAAUGACAUAAAACAAGCGUAUUACAGCCUCUCAAAAGAGUAUCAUCCAGAUAGGAACGAAGGCUGCAAAUUUGCUGCGGACAAGUUUCGAGCUAUUUCAGAGGCUUAUGAAGUGCUAGGAAAUUAUCGUCUUCGAAGAUUAUACGAUAAAGGUAUAUUACAUACGGCUGGUAAACAAUAUGCCCAAUCGGAAUCAACAAUGGCCAGCGAGCCUGUGGAAGACGAUGCUCAAACCCGUUUCUAUAAAAAACGUAUGACUCGAACACACGUUCCGACAGCUUCGGGCCGUACCCCAAUCUACAACUUUGACGAAUGGGCUCGAAACCAUUAUGCUCAUAGUUUUGAACGUAAGAAAUCCGCCGAACAAAAGUUUAAAGCCAAAUCGGAACGAGAAACUCUUAUCAACGCUCAUAAUACGCAUGGAUAUGUCGUAUGGGGAGUCGUUGCACUGGUAGUAGGAUACGUGAUAAUAUUCCUGCAGGAGCAGUCUUACGAUACUCCAAAGAUUCAGGAAACGAAACACAAAAAAAGUAUUUCUGAGAACUAGGAUCAGAAAAUCACUACUCGGGUCUUGAUUGAAGGAGACGUGGUGAUAGUUCGUAUAAAUAGAAGACCCGUCUUCGCUAAGAUUUCCUCGGAAGAAAAAUAGUUUUUUAUUCAUAUGGACUAUUACUUUUUUGUUUAGUGAGAAUCGAUCAUGCGGUUGUAAAUAGUAAUUGCUUUAAUUGAAAUGUGAUUCUAUGAAAAUGUUAUGUAAUAAACUAUGAAUAAAACAUUUAAGAAAUGUUUUAGUUUAAGGAAUAGAUAUUUUCCAAAAACUACAAA